AGAGAAACAGCAGCAUAGGCUGCUGCUCAGUUUAUGGCUGUUACCAGACUCAAAGUGAAUAAAGAGAGGCAGAGAAGGUUCUGGAGACUUCGGUGAAGCACCCUGAUUAAGUACAGGAGAAAGAGCGGCAGACGGAAGGAUAAAGAUAAGAGAACGUGUGAGGUUAAGGAACCAUGUUGAUUAAAACAAGACUUGGAGAUGAACAAAAAUUUGUUCGACUAACAGAGCCGGAUCUGAAGGAGUUUUUGAUUGCAGUAUUUGUGAAGUUUGGUGUGCCAGCUGUAACUGAAGGUGUGAAGGUUGUUGACAGUUCUGGGACUGAGUUGGAUGAGGAUGUAUUUGAGGAUGUUGUUAAGGAUCCCUCAGCUGGAGUUCUAACAAUCAAAUAUGAAACUGGUUUGUUUCAGCUACAUCUAUAAUCAAUGUUAGUGUUUAAUGAACUUAGUUCAUUGUGGUUUUUCUUCCAUCUGCUUCUCUUAUGGUCAGAGUUUGUCUCCAUGGUGGAAUCUCCAGAGCUAUCUGAACCAUUAUCCCAUGGUUCGUCUGAUUCUCAAGAUACACUAAUUCUUUCAGAGAGUCCUUCCGUGAAACGGCAGAGGCUGGACACAGAAGCCAAGCAUUUGGUGGAAUCCAUUCUGAACAACAAACCUGGUGGGGAACGCAUAAUAAAGGAAUAUAAUCGAAGCAAGUGCCUUACAGAUGAAACCAGAAGGAAAAUGGUGAACAUACUGGCAGCUGAUUUGACAGAGAAGAAUGGGACAUCACCACCCAGAGAGGUUAAAGAAAUGUACGCCAGAGGAAUUGUGAACUUAUUCCCCCACCUCAGCGAUCCGUUCUCCAGGACUGGAUAUGAGCAUUAUUAUGAUGGUGCAUGCGGCACUGGGUACUUGGCCUGGAGGAUAAAAACUAUUCAGAGAUCCACUGCUCGAGACAGACGAUCAUCAUAUGGAGCAUCAUCUGAAGAAGCAUCUUGUGAGCAUGGGCUUGGAGGACCAGCUGCCAGAUGGGAAUCCCACUUUGUUCCAGAGACUGUCCUGAGUGAAGAAGAGUGUAAGGAAGCCAUCGCACUGAUUAAACAUUCAGCCGAUGAAGACACAAUCAAGAAGAAGUUGAAGCUCAUUUGACUUCCGACGCAACAUGGUCCUCGACCCACAACAGUCGAGCAACGUACUAUACGUCUUUCCACGUUUCAAAGAUGUCAAAGGCUUGGUGGAGCAGGAUUUUGUUCUGAUGUUUGGAGAAGAUGUCUCUGGCAAGUUUCUGGAGAAAUGGACGACCACAUUCAAGAGAAAGAUCAUCCAACAAUGCAGAAAGCUUCCACCCACUAGUGAGCUAGAAGAUCUUCUCCUGGCAGCUGAUACUCCAGAGGAUGGCACUGAAGUGGAUGAUGACAUUGUGCAGACAGACAGGCGCCAUUAGGAGCACUCAUCGCCGACUCGCCAGACAAUCCAGCCUCGCAGUGCCUGUGACUGCAGAGCUGCUCACCUUGUAGCAGAUGCGAGAUUGUGUGUCACUGAUGAUCCACCACAAGUUGCAUCUGUGAUCCCUACAUGCUGAGCUCUGUGUAUAGCCGUGCUGCAUGAUCCUUAUUAAAGUUUCGCCAACAUCCAGACUCUCGAGGUGUUCUUACCGACACACCGGGACGGUCCCAUGAUACUCCGGCCCAGCCCUUACAGUCCAUAAACAGUUGGGACAGUGACCUCUCAUCAAUUUUGCUGCUGCUACACCUGAUUCCCCCCUCUGCCAUGGGUCGUAAGAGACCAGGGAAGGUGUCUGCUACCCAAGCAGAGAAGCAUCUUGAGGUUUUCAAGAAGACAGGAACCAACAUCCAAGAACAUCUUGAUGGCAUCACGACAAGCACACAACCCUAUCUCCUGGCUGUAGGACGAAGGAAGAAAGCAGUCCACCAGUUAUUCAUCAUCCUUGACAAAAAUGCCAUUGCUUGCAGGUCAACCUCCUCUCUUGGUGCCUUUGACGAACUGUUUAAGGCACAUUAUGUAUUUGCCACAAUAUACAACCCCAUGCUGUGCAACAUGUUUACAUUCAUCCAGACCACUGUGUACAACAUAGAUGUUGGCAAAGUGAAGGAGAGUCCUCAUGUGGCAGAAAUUUGGGCUAGGUUGCUUCACUAGUACUUGAACAGAUCUGUUUGGCAUGAAGUGUUUUGUUUGUGAAACAGAGUUAAGUUGCACAAAUGCACUUGUUCGGCAUAUACGAGUAGUUCAUGGUUAUUUAGAUGGAAAAUAUCUUCGCCUUAAAUGUGCUGUGUCUGGAUGUGGCCAUGUGCUUGGAACGUUUUCUGCGUUUAGGAAACAUUUAAACACCAAACACACCAACAAUGUUGAGCAACAAAUUAACAAUGUCAAUUCAAGCAGAGCAGAUCUUGGUGAUGUGGGAGAGCUGUUGACUGCUAAUAUAGAAGAGACAGCCACAACAUCUACUCUGUUGAAGUCCAAGAGCAGCAUUUUAGAUAUGUGUGCUACUGCUAUUGCACAACUCAGAGCAGCUGGAUUAAGUCAGUCUAAUGUUAAGAGAUUUGUGUCAUCCAUGGAAGAAGUGAUUUUUGAGACUCACAGUCAGGCUAUGUAUAUAGCUUUACAGUGCUUGUCUUCAGAGGAUACAGAAAAUAGGAACAAAGUAGAGCAAUCAUUCAAAACAUUGGAAAAUCCAUUUGAAACUUUAAAUUCUGAAGCAAAGUUAAACAAACAUUUAAGAGAGAAACGGGGAUUUGUUGAGCCUAUUGAAAAAGUGCUUGGCACAAGAUUUGACAGCAGAAGAAACAAAAGUACUGGGACACAUGAUCAAGUCAUUGUAAUUGAUAAGUUUGCUUAUAUUCCUAUUUUGGAAACCCUGAAGAAUAUUUUACAAAAAAAAGAACUUACAGACCUGUUCAAGCCCGGGUAUAUUCCCAAAGAAGGUGUAUAUGCAGACUUGAGGGAUGCCACCUAUUUUAAAGAAAGUCCCCUAUUUUCUAUUCAAAAAGAUGCCCUUCAGAUUCAGCUGUUUUAUGACGACUUUGAAACUGCAAAUGUUUUGGGAUCUAAAAAGGGUUUACAUAAAUUAGGUGCUAUAUAUUUUACUCUAAGAAUUUUUAAUCCAAUUUUUAAUUCAUCUUUGAUUAAUAUUCAUUUAUGUGCUCUAUUCCAUGCACAGGACAUCAAACGAUACAGCUUUAAUUUGAUACUUGAACCUCUUGUUAAUGAUCUGAAACUGCUUGAGACAGAGGGACUUCAAAUUCCAAUUUUUGAACAUGCGAUUCGUGGUACUGUUGUUCAGGUCACAGGGGACAAUCUUGGUUUGCAUGGUCUGUUUGGCUUUGUGGAGUCGUUUGGCGCUCGCUAUUGCUGUCGUUUUUGUCUCCUUGAAAAACACAUUUUUCAAACUGUAUUCUGUGAAGAUGACCCUGAAGUUGUUUUAAGAACGGUUGAUGGGCAUGCACAACACUGUCAGACUGUACAAGCAGAUCCUAGGCUCCCUCAUGUAUAUGGUGUGAAACACAUUUGUCUGUUGAAUUCACUUCAGUAUUUUAACACAGCCAAAAACUUUUCUGUAGAUAUCAUGCAUGAUAUUCUAGAGGGGGUUGGUCAGUUUGAGGUGAAACUGAUUCUAAAAUACAUUCAUGGCCACUUCCUAAGUGCUGAACAAGUUGCUGGUAGAAUACAUGCAUAUGACUAUGGUUUCAAUCAGCAGCGAAACCGUCCACCUAUGUCAACAGAUAAGAUGCUGGAUGGAAGUAAUGAUUUGGGUUUAACAGCCAUACAAUCUUGGUGCUUGUUACGCAAUAUGCCUCUGCUAUUUGGUGAUUUGAUUGAGACGGAUGAUAAACACUGGCAUGUCCUACUUUUGCUUCUACAUAUUGUUAGCAUUGUAUUUUCACCAGUCUUGUCAGAAGGCAUGACAGUGUACCUCAAACAUUUAAUCACUGAGCAUCAUCGGCUGUUCAAGCAAUUAUUUCCUGAAAUAAAUCUCUUGCCAAAGCAUCACUUCAUGAUACAUUAUCCUCGUAGCAUAAGGCACAUUGGUCCAAUUUUGCAUACACGGUGCAUGCGUUACGAAGCCAAACAUAAUUUCUUCAAGCAACAACUAAAAAGCUUUAAAAACAUUACAAAAACAUUGGCCAAAAAGCACCAAAGUUACAUGGCAAUGUAUCAUGAAUCUUUUGGCAAGGAAAGAUUAACUUUAGGUCCAGGAAAGAUGGUGACACUUUAUAAGUUAAAAGAGGGUGCAGCGAUGGCUGCAAAAUUUGGGAUUGUUUUAUCAACCAGUGUGUUUUCUGCCAAGUGGAUAAAAUACUAUGGUACAGAGUACCGUCCUGACUUUAUUAUUUGUACUCAGGUAGUAUGUGAGAUGCCUGUAUUUUGUAAGAUCAAAACUAUUGCUGUAAAAGAUGACAGCGUUUUACUCUGUGGAAAAUUGAUGGAAACCAUGUGUUUUGAUAACCACUACCACGCCUUUAAGGUCAAGCUGCAUUCACACAAUGUUCUUAAAGUUUUGCACAUAAAUGAUCUUUUCUACUUCAAACCAUUUGAUGUUCAAAUGAAGUAUGGUAUGACAGAUACCGCCUUAUAUGUGGUUCCAUAUUGCCAUUUUAUGCAGACCUAAUGGUGUCCUUAUAAUGUUAACUGUUUGGACUUGAGAUCAGUUGCUUGGCAUGGCAAGCACACUUGAAACCAUUUACCGCAAAAGCUUUAGUCAACUUAAAACCCUCCAACAUAGUGGGAAGUACACCAUAUGUUACUGUAACAUUACU